AUGGUUGGACAAGGAGAACUUGCUUCACUGCAGAAGUCCAACGAGGAAGUUGCUCCUCAGAGUGCCUGCUUGAAAGCACACAAUGACAGGCGCAUUUUACAUGGAGCGAGUCCGCUGAUCUGGGAUGAUACACUGGUGCAGCAUGCUCAGGUCUGGGCGGAUCACUUGGCUGCAACAGGUACAUUUCAACAUGACCCAAACCUGAAUGGAGAAGGAGAAAACCUUGCUUUUUUUAGUGGUGUUGCUAGCGACUGUACGGACGCCUUAGUAUUAUGGUACGACAACGAAGAGCCAAAGUAUGAUUAUAACAACCCUGGAUUUUCUUCUGAAACUGGCCAUUUUACACAGGUUGUCUGGAAAGGGACCAAAGCAGUUGGCGUGGCUCAAGCUUCUUCAAUUUCGGGAGCGAUCUACAUUGUGGCUCGUUACAGUCCACAAGGAAACAUUGCGGGAUUGUUCGGCCAAAAUGUGGGAAACAAGCAGUCGAGAUGGUGA